AUGUAAUAAUCUAUUUUUGACUUUGGUUAAACAACAUCUAAAUUUUGGCAGAAUUGCGAUAAAGAUUUACUUGAUGUACAUCUAUAUAUCUCAAUAUAAGGAAUAAAAUGAGUUGUUGGAGCAUGAAUUCUUAGUUAGUUCAAAAUAGAGGUAGAUUAAGAAAAUGUUUUUAGUGAUGAGUUAAAAUGCAAUAUUUAGAAUUUCUGUAUAAGAUUUGAAGUAAGCACCAUUAAUGACAAUGCAUGUAUAAUUUAUAGAAAGAUAAUCUGAUAACUUUGUAUAAUUAAAUUCUGAUGAAUAAUUGUUUGGUUUUCAACUUUCUUAUUAAGGAAAGAAUAUAGAAAUAUUUACUUCGGAUAAAUUGAAUUAUGAUAUUUGGAAGUGUCAUUUUAGAAGAUUUGCAAUUUUGAAUAAUUUUCAUGAAACAUUUUUAGUAUCUAAAAUUAUUGGGAAAGGAAGCUUUGCAAAAGUUUAUUCUGCAAUAAAAAAAGAAAAUAAUACUUAAUAUGCUAUAAAAGCAUUUAGUAAGAUUUAUAUGUCAUAGUAAUCUAAAGGGAUUGAAAGUAUAUUAAAUGAAAUAAAAAUAAUGAGAAGACUAAAUCAUCCAAAUAUUGUAAAAUUAUAUGAAGUACAUGAAACUACAAAUUCAGUUUAUUUUGUAUUAGAUAUGAUAUAGGGUGGAGAAUUAUUAUCACGAGUAAGAGAAAUAGGUAAAAUAUUAUUAUUAUAAUAAUUAUUAAUAGGUUUUUUACCAGCUUAAACAAUGUAAAAACUAGCAUUUAACUUAAUAAGUGCUCUAAGUCAUAUGCAUGAUAAUCGAAUUAUACAUAGAGAUUUAAAACCAGAGAAUUUAUUAUUCAGAUCAACUGAAAAUAAUUAUGAGAUUAUUUUAGCAGAUUUUGGAUUAGCAACUAGUUUAGAAGAAGAACCCUUAUUUAAAAGAUGUGGUACUCCUGGAUUUGUUGCUCCAGAAGUCUUAGAUUAUAUAGAUGGUUAAGAAUUUUAUUCAGAUAAAUGUGAUGUUUUUAGUGCUGGCAUUAUAUUCUAUUUGUUAAUUGUAUUUUAUAUUAUUUUUAUUUAAGACUGGUAAUACUCCUUUUGUUGGAAAUGAUCAAAGGUCUAUUCUUAAAAAGAACAAAUAAGGUGAUAUUGAUUUUAAAGAACAUCAUUUCAAAUUGGCACCAAUUUAAAUGUAAGAUCUUAUUUAAUCAAUGCUUUAAAAGAAAGUUUCCUAUAGAUUAAGUUCAUAAGAAGUACUCUAGAUAUAUUAAAUAAUUAGUGUAUGAGACAUCCUUACUUCAAAUAAUUAGUUAAAGAAUACAAAAUAUCAAUUGAAAAGUAUUAAAAUAAUUUACUGGGAUAUUAAGAGUUUAAUAAUGCAAUAAAAAUGGGAACUUAAGAAAUAGAAUAACGAUCUCCAUUGAAUUUCAAUUCUUCUGAAUCUAUCUCUUCAAAUAUUUCUUAGAAUAGAUAGGAUCAAAGGAAAUCAUCUAUUAUUGUUGGAGCAUCUAAAUUUAGUUAAUACAGUGCAAAAUUAUCAAAGUAAAACUCAAGAGAGAUUACUGGUAAUAUAUUUAAUUAGAAAAUAAGAUAUACCAUUAAAAUAAGAAUCAAGAAAACCAAGAGAUUUACAUAGAUUGGCUUUGACAAAUAGUUAAUUAAAAUAAAUUGCCAAUAACUAAUUCGAAAACAUUGAAGAUCCAACUGCUGAAGAUAAUAAUAUUGGUAUAAUGGUAAGAUAAUACAAUUCAACAAGAUAAAUUAGAAUACCAGAUAAUACUUUAAAAAUUAAAUAAUGUAAUACUCCUACAAUGUAAAAAUAAUUAUGA